CACAGCCCAAUGGCUAAAAUGGUGGAUGUGAAUGUAUGAUUGUAUGUAUGACCAGUUUCUGAACCACCAAAGUCUUCCUCUUCGUCUUCCCCCUUCACCCACUCUAAUGGUGUAUGUAUAGAGAGACAGAGCAAGAUAGAUUGAAAGGAGAGAGAGAGAGAGAAAGAAAUGAAGCCACUAGCACUUAUCAUCUCUCUCUGUAUUCUUCUCAUCGGAGGAGCAGCUGUAGAAGCGGCGGAUAUUCGUCCGGGCUCGACCCUCUUGGCAUCCGACCCGAAUUCCCGCUGGCAAUCUCCCAAUAACACCUUUACCCUCUCCUUCAUCCCCGCGGAUCCCAACUCCUUCUUCGCCGCAAUCGCCUACGACGCCAAAAUCCCCAUCUGGAACGCCGGCGGGGUCUCCGCCGCCGUUGACUCCUCCGCUGCUCUCCGCUUCCUCUCCAACGGCGACCUUCAGCUCACCUCCGGCGCCGGACCGUCUCCCUCCGUCAUCUGGGCCUCCAACACCGCCGGCCGCGGCGUAUCCUUCGCCCGCCUCGACGAUUCCGGUAAUCUCAUUCUCGGAAACGACACCGUUUCGAAUAUUUGGUCUACUUUCGAUAAUCCCACCGACACUAUUGUUCCUUCGCAGAAUUUUACUCUGAAUAAGGGUUUAAACUCUGGGAAUUACUCUUUUAAGCUAGCGAGAAAUGGGAAUUUAACGCUUUUGUGGAAUAAUAGUAUUACUUAUUAUAAUUCUGGAUUGAAUUCUUCUGCUAAUGUGAACUUGAGUUCCCCUAGUUUGCGUAUGCUCCCAGUUGGUAUUCUAUCGCUAUUUGACCCCAGCCUUCCGAGCCCCUUGAACGUGGUUUAUAGUAGCGAUUAUGCCGACGAGGGUGAUAUUCUGAGAUUUGUGAAGUUGGAUGGGGAUGGGAAUCUCAGGAUUUAUAGUUCCACCAAGGGAAGUGGAAAUCAGACUGUGAGAUGGUCUGCUUUGACUGAUCAAUGUGAGGUUUUUGGGUAUUGUGGGAAUUUGGGGAUUUGCAGUUACAAUGAUUCUGGUCCAAUCUGCGGUUGCCCUUCAGAGAAUUUCGAGCCGGUGGACCCUAACGAUGGCAGGAAAGGGUGCAAGAGGAAAGUGGACCUAGCAGCUUGUUCUUCCAAUGCCAGUAUGUUGCAGUUGGAUCAUGCUAUGUUCUUGACCUAUCAUCCCGAGUUGGAAAGCCAGAGUUUCUCGGCUGGUAUUUCGGCUUGCAGGCUUAAUUGUCUUGUAAAUCCUGCUUGUAUAGCUUCGACUUCGUUGGCAGAUGGGACGGGGUUUUGUUACUUCAAACCACCUAGUUUUGUCAGUGGGUAUCAGUCUCCCCCGCUUCCUAGCACUUCCUUCUUGAAGGUCUGUGGGACACCGUUACCUAAUCCACCCGGUGGAGCAUCCUUAGGUGCUGGGAAAAAGAGUGGAGGGAGAGUGCAGGGAUGGGUAGUUGCAGUUGUGGUUGUCUGUACGCUUUUGGGCUUGAUUUUGUUAGAGGGUGGGCUAUGGUGGUGGUGCUGUCGAAAUAGUCCCAAGUUCGGGGCGCUGUCAGCUCAGUACAUGCUCCUCGAGUAUGCAUCUGGUGCUCCUGUUCAAUUUUCUUAUAAGGAUCUCCACCGAGCAACAAAAGGGUUCAAGGAGAAGCUUGGAGCUGGGGGAUUCGGAGCUGUGUAUAGAGCGGUUCUCGCUAAUAGAACAGUUGCUGCGGUGAAACAGCUGGAGGGAAUCGAGCAAGGUGAGAAGCAAUUCAGGAUGGAGGUUGCAACGAUAAGUAGCACUCACCAUUUGAAUUUGGUCAGAUUGAUCGGGUUUUGCUCCGAAGGACGCCACAGGCUCCUGGUGUAUGAGUUCAUGAAAAAUGGCUCGCUCGAUUACUUCCUCUUUGCCUCUGAGCAUUCGGGGAAGCUUCUGAAUUGGGAACAACGAUAUAACAUUGCUCUGGGAACUGCGAGGGGGAUCACGUACCUCCAUGAAGAAUGUCGAGACUGCAUUGUUCAUUGUGAUAUAAAGCCCGAGAACAUUCUCUUGGACGAGAAUUACAACGCCAAGGUCUCUGACUUUGGCCUGGCCAAACUCAUUAACCCCAAAGACCACAGGUACAGAACAUUGACAAGCGUUAGAGGGACUCGAGGAUAUUUGGCUCCAGAAUGGCUCGCAAAUCUGCCAAUAACCUCCAAAUCUGAUGUUUACAGUUUCGGGAUGGUGUUGCUGGAAGUAGCGAGUGGCAAAAGGAAUUUCGAAGUUUCAGCCGAGACUAACCAGAAAAAGUUCUCGGUUUGGGCAUAUGAAGAGUACGAGAAGGGCAAUGUCGAGGCAAUCUUGGACAAAAGGCUUUCAGUCCAAGAGAUGGAUAUGGAUCAAGUGAUGAGGGUCAUUCAAGUAAGCUUUUGGUGCAUCCAAGAGCAACCCUCUCAUAGACCGAUGAUGGGCAAAGUGGUUCAAAUGUUAGAAGGAGUUAGUCAGGUCGAUAGGCCACCGGCCCCUAAGGCCCUGACAGAAGUUUCCAUCAGCGGGAGUAGCCUAAACGCUAGCAGCGUAAGUGCGCUUUCCACCUUCCCAGCCUCUGCCCCGGCUCCCUCGUCAGCAUCCUCCUCUCAAACUGCAGGAAUUUCUUCGUUUCCUUCUGCAAGGAAUGUUGAGCGGGCAUCUUCAUCGCUCCUACACUCCGAGUAAGUCCCACCAUCACUCUCCCACCACAAUGAAUGGGAUUAGUUUUGAGGAUUGAUAUAAAAACAAUUGUAGAUUUGUAUCCAUAUAUUAAUUCCUGCAGUCGUAAAAUAGUAGUAUCUGUUUCAUAUAUAGCUCUUCCCAUGAUUGUGUAAUUAACUAUCUGAAAAUUGCAAAUAUAUUAUUUCUUCCAAACUAGCAAGAAGGAUGUGGCUUAAGUUAAGUUGCUGAAAGUGUUUUUUGUUUUUCCGAA